UAAAUUGCUUGGUAACAUGUGAUUAUCGUCAUUUGUCUACGACAUUUAAAGCAGAACUGUUACGUUGUAUUGAUUGAAUAUGAUGUACGUUCGAUUAGGGAGAAUGACCUAAUAAUGAUACUUUAUGUGCACGUGUUUUUUUAAAUAUUGAAAAUGGAAACUUUGCGAACCGGGUAUCUUUGGACUCCACCACAAGGUAUAAGUCUGUUAAAGAAGACGUGGAAGAAAGGUUUUUAUGCCCUGUACAAUUCAAGCAAGCAUGGCGUCGAAAGGCUUGAAAACUUUGAAACAAUGGACCAGUUUUUGCGACAGGCUCCAAGUAAAAUUAUCAUUCUUACUGACUGCGUGAAAAUUACUUUUUCUCCACAGAAGCAACAACCAAAUGUUUUUGAGAUCAGGACAAAAUAUCAGACCAUUGUAUUUUCAGCAGAAUCUUUCGAAGACAUGACCCAAUGGAUGGCUUGCUUGCAGAGUGUGGCUUUUGGUUUUCCAAUAGCUAGAUGCCAGCAAGUUUGUUCAGAAGAGAGUGCUGCUGUACACCAGGAAGAAAACCUUCUGUAUAUUUCUAUGAAUGCUCCUGAGCUGUAUGAAGUUAAGGUGGUGGAAACAGAUGCUUCAAACCGAUGUGGACUGUCAAACAGAUACAACUUAGUUGUUACUUCUGUAAACAUUUCUUUAGCAGAAGAGAGUGCACAAGGACAGGUGGGUCACAUUCUUUUCACUUGGCCAUACAGACACAUUCGUCGCUAUGGGAGUAGUUCUUCCAAGUUUUCCUUCGAAGCUGGACGGAAGUGUGUUUCUGGAGAAGGUUUGUUUACUUUUCAAACAAAAGAUGGCCUUCUCAUAUUCCAGAGUGUUGCAGCUUACGUUAACGUGCUGAAAGUAUCUCAAAGCGAGCUAAACCUCUUGGGGAACGUUAAUAGGGAAUCCGAUAAGGUGGAAAGUAAGAUGUCAACAAGUAGCGAAAACCUUCAAGCUCUUUCUUCGAGACAGAAACCAAGUGUGAUUAACAUCGAGAAAACUAACCCUCAUAAAGUCACUUCCAAACUAGUCACCAUUGGAUCUGAAAACGAAGACCCAAAUAUUAAAGGACCUAGACCUUUAGGACCUCCAAAUAAACCUCCUAGGAAAUCCAAACAACCGAAUUUCGUGGCAGUGCCAAGUAAAGAAACAGAUGAAGAGGAACAUGUGUAUGAUGAACCUAACAGUUUGGAUGAUGAGCCUAUAUAUGACGAACCAGGAGACAAAGAACUGUGGUCCAUUCCAGAGCACUUACAAGAGGACCUGUCACGUGAGGAGCCUGUUUAUGCUGUUCUGGAAGACACCUCAACACUGCAGGGUGGAAAAGCUAUGAAAACUUGUUUAAUAACAGACACUCGCGAUCUUUCUAACAAUCCAACACAAAAUUUGCUUGUAACCAAAGCAGAUCCAAGGUCUCAGCUGAAAAGAGAUUCGUUUGGCGAAAGAUUGAGCAGUUUAAAUCCUAAAAACAGACACGUCCAUGUCAAUCUAAGUAACAAGUCCACUGGUAAUUACUCAGAACUGGCAUUUAAGAAUACUACAGAAAAUGGCGUCAAGCAGAAAAGCUUGUAUGGAACCAGGAGAGUUGAGUAUUCCAGAGUUAUCACGUGCAUACAUAAAGAACAUACUGGAAGAGUAAACCUAGUCGUCGAUAAACACCCGUUUCAGGAAUUCUCGGGAGAUAGAAUACCACUACAUUUAAUGCAGAAUGAGCCUGAAUAUGCCCAGGUACUCAAGAAUACCGGUCAAGUUAACUAACGUACUGUUCUUUUACUUCACAUUCGACUCUGGAACCUAGCUUUUAAAGUUAAAAAACGUUUUUUUUUAUUCAAUGUUGUUUCUGUUACUUCUCUAAUUUGUGAAAUGUACUUAUAAUUUGGUAUAAAAAGUAGGGUACAUUUUUGAAGUAGGAAAAACAAAAUUUUGUAGUGACACGUGGCUGUAAAAAUGAUAUUUUGUAAGCACAUUUUUAUCAAGCGUUAGUAAUGGUCAUUUUGUCAAGACCAACUGAUGACGUUGAAUUUCAUUUAUUGUAAACAUUUUGUACUUUUAUACCAUUUUAUAUUCUUUGUAGCAAAAUGUGAAAUUCUCACUGUGUAGUUUGUAUUUUCAAUAUGACAAUCUAUAGCCUGGUGUGUUUUACUUUGUAAUGAAAAUAUAAUUUAAUACCAAGUCUUACCGGAGAUCACAAGUCCAGUUGUUAAUAUAAAUCUUGUUUAACAAAUAAUUAUGAUAAAGAUGUAACAGAAGCUAGUGAACUGUAUAGUAAAGAUGUAACAGAAGAUAGUGAACUGUAUAGUAAAGAUGUAACAGAAGAUAGUGAACUGUAUAAUAAAGAUGUAACAGAAGAUAGUGAACAGUAUAAUAAAGAUGUAACAGAAAAUAGUGAACUGUAUAAUAAAGAUGUAACAGAAGAUAGUGAACUGUAUAGUAAAGAUGUAACAGAAGAUAGUGAACUGUAUAGUAAAGAUGUAACAGAAGAUAGUGAACUGUAUAGUAAAGAUGUAACAGAAGAUAGUGAACUGUAUAGUAAAGAUGUAACAGAAGAUAGUGAACUGUAUAGUAAAGAUGUAACAGAAGAUAGUAAAUGUAUAGUAAAGAUGUAACAGAAGAUAGUGAACUGUAUAGUAAAGAUGUAACAGAAGAUAGUGAACUGUAUAGUAAAGAUGUAACAGAAGAUAGUGAACUGUAUAGUAAAGAUGUAACAGAAGAUAGUAAACUGUAUAGUAAAGACGUAAUAGAAGAUGUAACAUAGAUCAGUUUAUUUUCUCGCACAUCUCCAGUAGGAUGUUCAUUGUUAUUUUCUCAGAGAACAUGUUUAAAAAACAUACCAGCUGUAUUGUAAUACAAUUGUAUUGAAGAACAUGCCAGCUGUAUUAAAGAACAUGUUUUAAAAACA